UUAGGUUUAGGUAUUUUUUUGGAAUAUCAAGCAGAUUAUUACUAAUAUUGCACAAUAAUAUUGCAAUUAGAAUUAAAACAAAGCUCUUAUCGACUGAGGAGUCGCGGCUCGCGGCCAAGUUAACUUAUUUAGUUUUUAGUGACUAAUCUUUACAAAUAGGUAAUUAUUAUAAGAAUGACUUCUAAAACGGAGAUUAUUAGACCAAAAUCUUUAAAAGUAUUUGAUCUAGAUGGCUAUGAAAAACUAAUAAAGGGUAUACAAGUAGCAUCGUGUAUGAUAACGGAGUCACAUCAAAUUGUUGAUGAAGAAAGUGUCCUCAAACGCCUAAAUGCCUUAACAAUUAAUGGUGCUGCGGACGGUAACUGUUGUUCAUGCUGCGGAGUCGGUCCAUUUGAGUCGAGAGCUCAACAGACAGCACAUUAUAAGAAUCAUUGGCAUACACAUAACCUGAAGAGGAAACUGUUCGGCAAACCAGCCUUAAGCCUUGGACAAUAUAACUCUAGAAAAGAUGAUUCAAGUGAUUCUGGGAGUGACUCGGACAAUGACAAUUCAAAUACAAACCCGGCUAGUGACUUGUUUGCGGCAGCCACCAGACACUGCAAAGCUUUCUUCACUAACAAAACAGGCCAAGUUUUCUGUAUAUACAGAUGUGUUUUACACCACAGAAAGGAGCAACUAUCUUCGGAUGGUGACGGUCACGCCUGGAUAGAGAGAUGUCACAAGCUCACCUUACCCGGCUACCAGAGGUGGGCAAUCCUCAUGGUAUCAGGAGGUCACUUCGCAGGAGCUAUCUUUUCUGGAGGUGUGCCAGUUUUGCACAAGACCAUGCACUCGUAUGUGACUCGUAGAGGGCAAGGUCAGGUCCAAGCUACGAGGGACCAGCAUGGUAAUGCUCCUAGGUCUGCUGGAGCCAGCUUACGUAGAUAUAAUCAAGCACAGUUUGUUGAGCAUGUCCACGACAUAAUAUGCAACUGGGCGGAGGACUUAAACGGAUGCUCGCUGGUCUUGUACCGGGCUGUUGGCACCAUUAACCAAGCUGUGCUCUUCGGCAAGAACUCCCCACUUAACCGAGAUGACAUGAGAGUGAGAGCACUACCAUUCCCCACCAGAAAACCCACUUAUAAAGAGGUGCAAAGGGUACACGAUACGGUGUCCAAUAUUGAAGUUUAUGAUACAAUGGAGCUUUUCCAAAAAGCACUGAUAGCGUCUAAAGGCAAGACACCAGUGAAAAACAGUUCCGACGCGAGCGUCGAACGUAAGAAGCCGCCAAGCAAACAGUUUGAUAGAGCUAAGUCCAGAGAGCGAGCCCCUCGUGAGCUCCCAACACAAAUAUUAUCCAGCGAGGACGAAGGACCAUGUUUCAUAGACUCUGAGACUCCGGAUAACUGGAUCAAGGAACUCUCCGAACAGAGCAAGAAUGGUAUCAUCACUAACUCCAGAAAGGACCUUCUCAACGAUUGCUCGUUAAAAAGCUGCACAGAAAGUGAAGAUGAGGGACAGGAGAAGAAGGGACAAGUUAAAAAGAAGAAAAAGAAAAAACCAGAAGAGAAACCCGUUAAGAAGGGACCGCCAAAAAUACCUGCGAAUGUUAAGAAGAUGUGGAAGAUAAUAUCCAGCAAAGAGGAAACUUCCCUAGACACUAUACUGGAGGAGUUUGAGAGUGGUGAACUGGAACAGGCGUGUAACACCCAGGACCCGGCCGACGGCAAUACGGCGCUGCACAAAGCGGCGAUAGCUGAAAAACCGGAGUUAGUCACGCAAAUCCUGACCGCCGGCGGCGACCCGUGCGUCCGCAACCACCUGCUGCAGACGCCGUACGCCGCCUCCCCCCACCACGACACGCGCGUCGCCUUCCGAUUGUUCCAGGCGCACCACCCCCACAAGUACAACUACACCAAGUCUCAAAUCCCUGGGCCCAUAACCUUGGAGCAGCUGGAAGCAGAUAAAGCUAAGAAGGCGCAGCAGAAGCGGGCGAAGAGACAGCGCGAGAAGGAGAAAUACGUGGAGAAAGUGAAAACCACGCAGUUUCUGGAGCUCACUGAUGACCAGAAGUUGAAAGCGGACCUACCGAAGUGUUUCCUGUGCGGUGCCAACUUACCCAAGAGUCCGUUUGAGUACAACAACUACAAGUUCUGUAGCAUCAAGUGUCUACAGAACCACAGAAACGUUAGGCCGUUGAAUAUGAGCGUUUGAAGUACUUAAAUCCGUCUGCCCCCCUCUGCCCCCCCUCGGUACGCCCAUGCUUAAUGAAGAUAAUAACUGUGAAAGGUUAAAUUGGUACUUAUGAAGGGCUUUGAAAGAGAAGCAAAUAAUUAAUAUAUUUAAUAGUAUAUUAAUAAUAUCUAUGGACGCUUUACACCACGUCAGUCUGGCCCCGUGCUAAGUACCUGAAGGGCUUGUGUUACGAGUACCAUACAACGGAAAUUUAAUUAAUAUUUUUUAUACUAUACAUACAUAAUAUUUAAGAUUUUUAUUAAAUGAUGCAUGUUAGCUGAUGUUAGUUACAAGUUACAACAUUUAGUAACUAGGGUUAAAAUCAACGAAUGCUAAAAUGAAAUAAUAUAAUAUGUAUCAUCUAGAUUCUAGGUUCUAUCGUGUGUCUGACUAUUAUGAGAAAAUGUAUUAUAUAUAAUGUUACCUCUUUACGCUUAAACGGCUGUGCCGAUUUAGAUAAGAUUUUAUUACUUUGAGAGACGAAAGGACAUAGGAUAGUUUUUGCUGUGGAAAAUGUACGGUUCUCGCGCGCCUAACGAAUUUCGACAUCUUGUAAUGUUAAAAUAACUCAUAACGUGAUAUUAAUACAUUUGUUGUAUAUUAUGUACAGUAAAUUUCUAUGAUUUGUAUAUUAUGUAAUGUAUCGGAAAUACUGCCAUAAUAAAACUAUGAGUUAUUAAAAGA